AUGACCUCCAACCCCUACCAAUGUAAGGACUGUGGUGAUGAAUUCCGCAGAGUGAAUGCUCUUAUCCAGCAUCAAAACAAUUCCAGUUGGUGUCCAGGUGCAAUUGAUAGACAUAAUGGCAGGAGGCAGCAGAGGCAGCAGCUCAAUCAGAACCCCAUCAACCCCUCGGAAUAUGUUUGCCAACAAGUUUACAAUCCCCCAGUACUGCCCUCAGAAAUCGAGUUCCAAUCUGAUGAGCCAAAAUCUUCACUGCAGGAAGCUCCCCAUACUAGGGAGAAGAGAAAGUGGUCCUCCUCCCUGGCUGCAGCAGCUUGCAGGAGUUCCAAACGAAGGCGCAGUGUUCGUUCCCCUGUUCCUGUUCCAGAACCCCCCCCACCAAUAGCAGCUAGAGAUGUGGAUGAUGUCAACUUUGAUCCAGAACUUACUGACUUUGCUGGAGAAAUGGAGAGGCUCCACCUUGGACAACCAUUCCCACCAAACCUUCUCAUUGAAUGCAACUCAACUUGCCCACCUUUGGAAAACAGCAGCCUUGCAGUGCAUGCACCCUUGCCCCUGCCGAAUGCAUCCAAUAGGAAAGACUAUCCUAGGACCACCACUACCACCAUUAUGGGUUGCAAAUUAAACUCGGAAAUCGGUAAGGUGUACAACUUUCCAAUGGAAGAACAGCAAAGGCAAUUUUCAAACCAAUUCCUUCCUGCAGACAAAGUCUUAGCCAAAAUCCAUUUCGAAUGCUACCAAGCUGGAUCUCCCCUCUACCUUCCAGACAGGAUUAUUGGGAUUCUUCAAGAAGCAAAUUGGACAUAUGCUGGGUUCCAUCUUGGAAGUCCUUACAUUACAAAGAGGGAAUCACUUCUCAAACGCAUAGAGAAAACUGUUGGAGCAUCCCCCCCCACUGUUCUUGAUGUGAAUCUUGAAUCUGGUCUGAGGACAAGGAUCCAUAGAUUUGAUUUUCAGGCACGGCUUCAGGAUCAUCUUAUGAGCAAUGUUUUUGCUGAUUAUGGUAACCUCAGCAUCAGGACACCUCAAGACAAGGAUGUGUCCCCAUUUAUCAAUACCAUGGAUGGGGCCCUGGAGGAACCACCCACCAUCCCUGACUUUGUCUCUGGCGAAUGGUACAAGAAGGCCCUGGAAAUGUACAAGCUUGACUUGGAUAGUGGUGAUUAUCUUCUUCAUCCACUUGUGGCAUACAUGGACAAGACUGGCAUUGACAGGAUAGAGAAGAAUGGACUUGAACCAUUUGCAGUUACCUCUGCUAAUCUCAGCCAGGGCUCCAGAGAAAUCGCAGAGAACUGGAUCUUGCUUGGAUAUGUCCCAAGUCUAAAAUGGCUCAAGCACCAACACUCUCCAACCACCACCACAAACAAGCGUAGCCUGGCAUUGAGAGACUACCACCACUGUCUUUCUCUUCUUCUAGAACCUCUGAAGACUCUCCAAACCCAUAGACCCCAAAUGUUAUUCAGACGUGGUGCCUUUUGUGGUUCCUUCCGCAUCAUACCCCCACUAGCAUCAAUGAUUGGUGACAAUCUGAGCAAUGAUAUGCUAGCCCAAAGGGUUGCAGAUCAAUCUGAAACAUCCCCUAGAAUGUCUCGCAGAUGUCUCUGCCCUGCUGUAGAAGCGGAUAAGCCACUACACAAAUGCAUUCCUCUCAUUGCACAAUUUGUGGACAAACUCUCUCAGGGGUCUCUUGGCCCAUCCUAUGGUCGUCAAUACUAUUCCUUUGUUGCCCAGGCAUCUCAAUUUCAAAAUGUUAUCCCAGAGUCCCCUAAUUUUGAAGGCUGGCGAAAAUAUGUUGAUAGCCAUGCAGCAAAGAAGGAUAGAACCCUUCUUGUCCGGACCAAACAAAGACGUAUGCUGAUCUGUGAUCUCAUACUGCACAAAGUCCUAGGAUGCCACAGCCUUCUCAAUGCCUUCAAUGGAAUUGAUUUUGGUCCCACAGAGAAUGGCAUACUGGAGGCAACCAGCACUGAUCCCAUGCACACAAUUGAGGAGGGCCUCAUUCCAAUGAUACUAGAGGUUCUCUUUGGCCCCAUGACAGAAUCAUCAUUGACUAAGAUUGACUGUUAUGUUCAGUCUCUUUUUGGGAUCAAUAAAAACAGGAGCAGGGAGAGGGAGAACUACCCCAGAGUCACCUUCAGGCAAGGAUAUACCAAACUAACCAAUUUGAGUUCAUCAGAACGUCUUGGUCAAUUCUUUCUGCUCUCUAUUAUACUUCAAACAGAGGUAGGACAGGGACUCUUGAAGGAAAGGUUUGACCCCAAAUUUGAUGCUGAAAGAAGGAGACGACAGGCACGUUCUAUGAGCAAGAACAUCAUCAGUGGGGCAAGCACAACCCAUCCUACAACACCUCCACCUGUUGUUACUGAAACCACACUUGAGUAUGCUGAUUCUCCAGACAGUGAUUCUGAUGAUGAUGGAGAUGGGGAGGAACAUGAUAUCAAUACAGAAGAAGACAGUGGCAACUACCCUGAUGAACCAGAGACUUCUGAGACACUUGAGUGGGUCCAAAUCAAAGAAUACUUAGAUUUUGUAGGAUUGACCUAUGUCCACAAGGAUUUGGAUCCACUAUUACCUUCACAUCAUCAAAGAAUUCUACGUAGGGUACUCAAAGAAAGGAUCAAGCCUGUUUGGAAGGAACAUGCAGAGCCUCACAAGAAUGGAAGGCUGCCUGAUAUUGACUAUACCCCAACUCUUAUAGAUUGUAAUCUUCACAAUAUGAAAGAUAAUUGCAAGCCAUGGCAUCCCUCAGCUGACAGAGUAAACAAGUUAUGGAAACCUUCUGUGGCCAACAAUCCAAGAAAUAUCCCGGGGAGUCAAAGGUCCAUUGCCCUUACAAUGCCAGAGUUCACCUACCUUGUGGAAAGCAUCUUAACAUUCCAUUCCUUUUUAAAAAACCCACCACAUCUGGGUGCCCAAAACAACUCAGAAGCCAGCAGAAUCUGUGAACUUUAUUCCUUUUCUCUAUCAAUGAUGUUAAGAGUACUGGUUCAUGGGGUUAAUCGGGGGGAAGGGACCAAGGGAUGGAAGAUUAGGAAAUUUGUGGAAUUGUCACACUUCCUGGAGGAUCUCAUUAGGUUUGGUUCAUCUGAUGGAUUCAACUCCUCCACUGGUGAAAGGAAUCUAAAGAUUUGGGCAAAGCUACCUAGUCUUACAGCACAAAACCGGUCUGCCAUCAUUCACUGCAAACAGAUAUGUGACCGGGUGUAUGAAGCUUCACUCCUCGGCCAUGUCUCCAGCUUCUUUCAGUCUCCAAACAAAAAGAUUUUAGAGUGCCAAGCUUCCUGCUUGGGUGACUGGAUUCCAUCCUCCUCUGAGAAGUUCACUCUUUGCACAAAGACUGGGAUGUUUACCAAACUUUUGGGUUCCAAAACUCAGGCUGUAGCCACUCCACCUCUAUCAGCAGCAGCAGUUGAUUGGUUUAUGAAGAAAUUUGAAAACAGGCCAAGGCUAAUUCCCAUCUACACUGAGGCCAAAAUUUUUGAUGAGGUAUGCAGAGCACAUGACAACUACAGACAGGGUGGUGCAUGGAAUGACUAUGUUCAUGCCCAAGUCAGGGAGUCGCCAUCUCUUGCAGGAUCGUCAGAGGACAUUGGGAGCCCAUGCCGUCUAGGUGCCAUCUGGUUUGACAAAGAGGCUAGUGACAAAGAGGCUAGUGGCAGUUCCCCAUGUGGCCUGGAGCCAUCAUUGGGAACCAUGAGAUGCCUUUUGCAAGUUGGCUCACAGAGAGAUCCAACUUGCACAGCCCGUGACAACCAUUCCUUACUCUUUUCACACUGGAAGAUGGAGCAAGAGGUAGUUUCCAUGGGUAGCAGCUGCUUUCAUCAGGCAGUCUUCCAAUCCUUCCCAUUGGAUAUCAUUGACCAUCGCAUCUAUUGUGUUGACCUCGGUGCCCAUCUUCAGGGUAAUGCUUUCACCCGAAAAGGCAAUUUAACUUCCCCCACCAGUUUUGAUAUAAUUUGGACAGCGAUAGAUGACUGGCCAGGACUGUUUCUGGAAUCUCCUAGCUUCCUGAAAGUUAUGAGCCAAACAUCUCCUGACUAUGGUCGGGGAAGAGCAAGACGUGAGAGUGCUAUGUAG